AUGUUGUGCUCCCAGAUUCCCCAUGGUUACCAGGUCAUUCAAUGCGGAUUGCUUCUAGGGCACUACUACUACUACUACUACUACUACUACUACUACUACUACUACUACUACUACUACUACUACUACUACUACUACUACUACUACUACUACUACUACUACUACUACUACUACUACUACUACCACUACUACAUCACGGUUAGCACAUUAUUUUCUCGUAAUAAAUUCAACCCGUAG